AUGCGUUCUCAACUCCUUGCCGUUCUGGCCUCCCUGUCGCUCGCUUCGGCUACCUCCACUCUCGGCUGCUACUCAACUGUCUCCGGCCUAACCGAGACAGAAACAUUUCAAUUCCAGUCUAUUAGCUACUGUUCCAACCGCUGUGACGGGGCCAGCUACUCAUAUGCCGUCCUUCAAGGCACAGAGUGUUCAUGCACCAACGAUGCACCACUCUCUUCGGCCAAGGUAGCUUCCAGCGAAUGCGAUACCGCAUGUCAGGGAUGGCCCGUCGACAACUGUGGUGGCGACGAUACCUACUCGGUCGUUAGUACUUCUGACAUCAUCGUUGAUUCAGCCUCCGACGCCACAACCGCAGCCUCCUCCAGCAUCCCUACUAGCAUCGCUGCUGCUACUGUCAUCGUCGCCCCGGCUACUGUUAAUACUUCCCUUAUGCCAACUGGUAUUAUUACCGCUCCCUCUAGUGUGGGCGUUGUGAGCUCUACGAUUGUCAAGUCUGCUUCGGCUAUUGCUACUGCUACUGGAUCCAGCACUCCGACUCCUACUACCAAUGCUGCUGGCUCUCUUCGAGUCGGCUCUGUUGCCGGUGUCGUUGUUGCAGGUCUGGGCUUGAUGCUGUAA